AUGAACAUGGUCUCCUCCUCGCGCCUCCGCUACCUGCUGCUCCUCUUCUCUCUCAGCGCCUCCUUCAGCUGCUCCUCCGCCGUGCAGAGAGACUCCAAACUACGUCUGCUGCACCGGACCCCCAUGAUGGACUCCAAACAGGACCUGUCCCGGGCCUCGCUGGUGGAGCUGCUGCUUUCGGACCUCCUCCAGAUGGAGAACGAGGCUCUGGAGGAGGAGAACCUCCCUCUGGCUGAAGGAGAACCCGAAGAGCUCCACGUGGAUCUGGAACGAGCCGCCGCCGGUGGACCGCUGCUCGCCCCCCGAGAGCGGAAAGCUGGCUGCAAGAACUUCUUCUGGAAGACCUUCACUUCCUGCUGA